GGCAGCGCGGCGUGCCGGUCUCGCGCAACGUGGAUUCCAUGGAUGCUCAUCGCCUGCGACGAGUGCUGCUGGUGGGUCUGCUGCUCCACAGUGCCACUCGAUGCUUCGUUUCACCGCCUGGCAGCGUUGGAUCGAGAUCCAGUUACCUCCGAAGAGAUUUGCUGGCGAUCAGCGCGUCUUCAGAGGUGCUCCUUAGACCGCCUUCUUCGGCUUGGGCGGAAGGCUUUGAUCCUUUUGGAGAAGAGCAGAAGAAGCAGGCUCCCAAGGAUCUGAAGAAUCCGCCGGAAGACGCGCAGGUGACAAAGAGUGGCCUGAAGUGGAAAAUCCUGAAAGCUGUUGACUGCGAAGCGACGAAAUGUGCCAAGCCCCGCGCCUUCGACAAGGUCUCAGUGGCCUUCACAGGCUUUGAACCGGACGGCCGGGUCUUUGACUCCUCGCGCACGCGCGGCAAAGUACAAUUCCAGGUGAGUCAAGUGAUCCGGGGUUGGACUGAAGGUCUUCAAAAGAUGAACGUGGGCGAGACCAUCAGACUCUGGAUUCCAGGCGAUUUGGGCUUUGGUUCUGAGGGCAAAGGUGGCCCCCCAGGCGAUAUCGUUUUGGACGUGACCUUGUUCGGCUUGAAGCGCGGCCAAGCACCGCCCCCCACGCCAGAGGAGCUCACAGCGCCGGCGGAUGCGGAAGUGACGGAGUCCGGCCUCGCAAGCAAAGUGAUCCGCGAAGGCAAUGGAACGGACACGGCGAAGGAAGCGAACCGAGCUGUUGUGGAAUGGUACGGCUGGACGGCCGACGGGCAGCUCUUUGACUCGUCCAUCAACCGGGGUGAGCCUCAGGUGGAAGUGCAACAGCAGAACGUGCCCAAAGGAUUUUGGGAAGGCUUAAAGUUGAUGAAAGCGGGUGAGACGAGACGCUUUUGGGUGCCGCCUCAGCUGGGUUAUGGAAGCACUCGAACUGAUGGCGGACCCUGCGGACCCCUGAUUUUUGAUGUCAAUCUUGAGUCCUUCAGGAACGACUUCUUUCGAUAGGAAGCAGAACUUCUGGAGACAUUUUUCAGGGCCAAAUUCCGAUCGGAGCUAAGUAAGUAGGGAGGAAUGCU